AAGCUUCAUCAUCGUCCUCACAAAGCAAUUUUGGCUCGCCUUCGAGUUUUGGGCGGCAAAACACAGUCACAGACCUAAGGGUUUGUUUUGCUCUCUCUCUCUCUCACUCGCUCACUCACUCAGUCCCCAGAUUACAGUGUUUUGAUUCGAUUGAGGAGACUAAUUCGAGUUUUAGGGUUUUGAAAAUGCAAGGAGAUUCGUCGCCGUCUCCGUCUCCGGCGACUACGAGCUCUCCGUUAAUAAGACCGAUAAACAGAAACGUAGUUCACAGAAUCUGCUCCGGUCAAGUCAUUUUAGACCUCUCCUCAGCUGUCAAGGAGCUUGUGGAGAACAGUCUCGACGCCGGAGCCACCAGUAUAGAGAUCAACCUCCGAGACUACGGCGAAGACUACUUUCAGGUCAUCGACAACGGUUGUGGCAUUUCCCCAACCAAUUUCAAGGUUCUUGCACUUAAGCACCAUACUUCUAAACUGGAGGAUUUCACAGAUCUUCUGAGUUUGACUACUUAUGGUUUUAGAGGAGAAGCCUUGAGCUCUCUCUGUGCAUUAGGGAAUCUCACGGUGGAAACAAGAACAAAGAAUGAGCCUGUUGCUACGCUUCUGACGUUUGAUCAUUCUGGUUUGCUGACUGAUGAAAAGAAGACUGCUCGCCAAAUCGGUACUACUGUCACUGUGAGGAAGCUGUUUUCUAAUUUACCUGUACGAAGCAAAGAGUUUAAGCGCAAUAUACGCAAAGAGUAUGGAAAGCUUGUAUCUUUAUUGAACGCAUAUGCACUUAUUGCGAAAGGAGUGCGGUUUGUCUGCUCUAACACGACUGGGAAAACCCCAAAGUCUGUUGUGCUGAACACACAAGGGAGGGGUUCACUUAAAGACAAUAUCAUAACAGUAUUUGGCAUGAGCACCUUUACAAGUCUACAGCCUGUAAGUAUAUCUAUAUCAGAUGAUUGUAGAGUUGAAGGGUUUCUUUCCAAGCCCGGACAGGGUACUGGACGCAAUUUGGCAGAUCGACAGUAUUUCUUCAUUAAUGGUCGGCCUGUAGAUAUGCCGAAAGUCAGCAAAUUGGUGAAUGAGUUAUACAAAGAUACAAGUUCUCGAAAAUAUCCAGUUGCCAUUCUGGAUUUUAUUGUGCCAGGUGGAGCAUGUGAUUUGAAUGUCACGCCCGAUAAAAGAAAGGUGUUCUUCUCUGAUGAGACUUCUGUUAUCGGUUCUCUCAGGGAAGGUCUGAACGAGAUAUAUUCUUCUAGUAAUGCGUCUUAUACUGUAAAUAGGUUCGAGGAGAAUUCCGAGCAACCAGAUAAGGCUGGAGUUUCAUCUCUUCAGGAGAAAUCAAAUCUCCUGCCCAAAGGGAUUGUUCUGGAUGUCAGCUCUAAAACCAGACAGGGGGAAGUUAAUGGAAAGGAAAUUUCUUUCUCAAGGGAUGCUGAGAUUGAUAAUAGUUCGACUAUGGAGAAGUUUAAAUUUGACAUUAAGGCACAGGGGCCUAAGAAAGGGGAAGGUUCUUUAUCAGUCCAUGGUGAGUCCCUCGCUGUAGGUCACCUUGACAAGACAACGAGCAAAGAUUUGCCUCACUCUAAUGUCAGUGAGAAAGUUACUGAUGCAAGUAAACACUUAAGCAGUCGCUCUAGCUUUGCCCAGUCAACUUUGAAUACUUUUGUUACUGUGGGGAAAAGAAAACAUGAGAACAUAAGCACCAUGCUCUCUGAAGCACCUGUACUCAGAAACCAACCUUCUAGUUGUCGUGUGGAGAAAAGCAGAUUUGAAGUUCGUGCGUUAGCUGCAAGAUGUCUGAUGGAAGGUGAUCACGUUGAUGGUAUGGUCCCCUCAAAGGAAGAUAAGAUGCCAAACCAAAUAGAUUCUGAAUCUGAAAAUCGGACGUCUCCUGGAAUCGAUACUGAUAAAGUUGAAAGACAUGAAAGAGAACAUGAAAAAUCAUUAUGUUUUGAAGAACCAACAUCAGAUAAAACACUCUCCAAGGGGGAUAUGGAAAGGAUUUUGGAGGAAAAUCCACGUUGCAGUCAGCCACUGCGAUCUGUUGCAACAGUACUGGACUCCCCAGCUCAGUCAACCGGUCCAAAAAUGUUUUCCACAUUAGAAUUUAGUUUUCAUAACCUCAGGAAGAGGAGGUUAGAAAGGCUGUCGAGAUUACAGUCCACAGGUUAUGUAUCUAAAUGCAUGAACACGCCUCAGCCUAAAAAGUGUUUUGCCGCUGCAACAUUAGAGUUAUCUCAACCGGAUGAUGAAGAGCGAAAAGCAAGGGCUUUAGCUGCAGCCACUUCUGAGCUGGAAAGGCUAUUUCGAAAAGAAGAUUUCAGGAGAAUGCAGGUACUCGGGCAAUUCAAUCUUGGGUUCAUCAUUGCGAAAUUGGAGCGAGAUCUGUUCAUCGUGGAUCAGCAUGCAGCUGAUGAGAAAUUCAACUUCGAACAUUUAGCAAGGUCAACUGUCCUGAACCAGCAACCCUUACUCCAGCCUUUGAACUUGGAGCUCUCUCCAGAGGAAGAAGUUACAGUUUUAAUGCACAUGGAUAUCAUCAGGUGA